AUGAUCUUUUCUAUCGUUUCUGCUCUAUUGGUUUUGCCUGCGGCUUUUGCAGCUCCCACUGCUAAGGUUAAUUCUGAUACAUCCACGAACAUGUCCGAUAUCCAUAUUUCCAAGAGGUUGAACUGCGGCUACGGAAUCCCUCCCGAGGGCACCACGACACGGCCUGUUACUCCUAAUGAUAUCCAGGGACUUAUAAGCCAAAUCAAUGGUAUGGGCGGCUGGGAUACACUGGUUCCUCUCCCGCAAUGGGGUGGCACUUGGUCUUCUGAAUACGGCAGCGCAAAGAUAUGUAUUACAAACAACUAUCUGUUUGAAAAUACACACUUGAGUAUGGGGGAAGCAGCAUGGGUUGUCAACUACAUUGCCUACAAUGAGUGUGGCGUUGGAAGUAAUGGCAUUGGGAGUGAUAGUGUCCCUUUCUUUGGAGGAGAGGGAAUUUGCCACGGCGAUAGUGGUCUCGCUUUAAAUGCCCAUCUCACCCAUGCUGGUGGAAGCUGCACUGCUAUCAAAAUCAACGACCGUUUUGCCCCUCGAAACAAGCGCCCAAUGGCUCGUCCAGUCUGGCCCCGUGAACUUGGCAAAGAGGGUCUCUCCUCUGCAGAGCUUGAGCAACCACCGCAGACUGCUCCGCUCGCUGAACCCAGGGAGCGCUCUCCGUCGCCGAGACGAGAGGUCCCUGAGUCCUCACUUGUAGAUCAGUGGGCCCCUGACCUUGAAGACGAGGUUGAAGACGAGGUCGAAGACGAGAUUGAAGUCGAUCUCGAAGACACUGAGAGCGCAGCAGACAGAGACGAGUCCAUCUCGCAGAGGAACCAAGAGCCAGAAGAGGAGACUCAGCAGGAAACAACCACAGACUCGCCCUCUGUUCACCGAGAGGACAGUCCACCAGAAACACAACCACCUAAUACAACAACUACACACACACCAGUCACCAUGGCGAACCCCGCGCUGCCCAUCCUGCACGUGGUGUACGCCGGGCGCGGCGACGCCAUGUACGUCCAGUUCGAGACGGCCAACAACCAGCAGCAGAAGCUCUACGCCAUGGACGGCGGGCCCGCGGGCGCGGGAGGCACAGGCGGCGGCGGCGGCCUGCCCCGUCCGUACUCGCGCUUCUACCGGUCCGCGGCGCGGGACAUUUGGCACGACAAGAUGGACCACCCGACGACCGACGCCAUCGAGUUGCACGCCGUCGUCAACUCCCACCUGCACGCGGACCACAACGAGGGCUUGUGGAAGCUGCUCCGGCUGGGGCAGGCGUACGUCCGGAUCGAGGCGAACAACGGCUUCAUCUUCCCGGCGUUCGAGGAGAAGGGCGGGAACAAGCACGUGUCGACGCUGUGGUACAAGCUGUGCGAGCCGGGCAACCCAAACAACGUGACGCCGGAGUUGAGGCUGGCGGGGGACGGGCAGGUGGCCUGGCAGAGGGGCAACUUUGAGGGCGGCACCAUCGAGUUCCCGCCGCUGCAUGCCAACGGCGACGAGACGAUCCUGUGCGUGAGGCAUCUCGCGCCUGUGGCGAACCAAGUCGGCGUAUUAACGCCGGACAUGACGUGGGCGGAUCUCUGGUCGCCCAUCUACGCCGUCAAGGAAUGGGUCCUCGAGAGGAAGCUACAGUACCACAUGAACCGGUCUGAGAAGGACAAUCUCAAUUUCUCGAGUCUGCUCAUCCAUGUGCCCAUCCAGCGCCUUCGGACGGCGGCGGCGGGGAGUGGCAUCUACCUGACGGGUGACAACAACGGCAACGUCAUCAACUACUGGAUGAACGGCGGCGUCUACCCUCCGACGAACGUCCGGCACUUCUCCAUCUACAAGAUCUCGCACCACGGUAGCAGGGAGGACAGCGAGAUCACGCCCGCAGCGGGACAGCCAGGUGACUUUACGGCGGCGAUCAUGAACGUGGUUAAGGAGACGUGUCUUAUGAUGACGCUUAUCGCAACGAACAAGAAGGCCCGGGAGGACCCCAAUCACGCAAACCACGCAAAUCAGCUGCUCCUGACGCCCGAAGCGCACACCCAGAUGGGUCGCGAGCACGGCUUGGCCGGCCUUAAGCACCUCCGGAUAAAGUACAACCUCCAUGUCAAGAUCCAGGACGCCGGCCUGCAGGCCGUCGAGGCGGCCCUGGUGGAGCGCCACCUGAAGUACCGGACGGCCGUUAUGGACCUGGAGGCGCCGGUGGCGAUCCCCGGCUUCACGGUCACCAUCGGCAACCAGGACAGGGCCCUACCGGACCCGUGGGACAGCUGGGAUUCACUCGUCGACAGCGUCGAGAACGGCAAGUACUUCAAGAAGCCGCUGGACCUCCCAACCCGGGAGGUGCGAGCCACGCGCAAUAAUGACCCGAUCCAUACCCCUGACGACCUGUGGAAGAAGCAGAAGAUGAACACCAACACGGCCCCGAACCUGGCCAUCGUCAACCAGCCGCGGACGCAGGCCAAUGCCGUGCGCUGGGGCGACGUGCGGGACUGGUGGGCGGCGUGGUGGGGAGGCAAGCAGGGCGGCGUAAACAAGGGCAUCUGGACGGACCUCUACAACGACAUCAGGAAGCUCGGCCGGACGCAGGCCUUCUUCCGGUCCUUCACGGCCGACGCCUACGUCGUGAGCGCAAACUUCCACGAGCACGGCCACCCCAACGUCGAGGUCCUCGUCGGCCUUGCAUGGGCGCUGCGACAAAUGGGCCGCUUCGCGACGCUCUACGUGACGAACCCGGCAAGCUUCAAGAAGGACGAAUUUUUGUCCAUGUGCCGCUUCGUCAACCUCGACACGGACGUGCUGGGGACGAACCUCAUCAUCCGUUACCCGCACACGGAGCACACCAUGAGCCUAACGGCGAACCCGCCCGUCACUCAGGAGUAUCUCAACGAGCGCGGCAUCGACCGUCUCGACGCCGCCAAUGUGCCGAGGGAUGCCGCGGGCAACUUUGUGUCUGGCAUCCACGACUUUGGACGCACGACACGCGUGCUUGAGGAGGUCGGCCAGUGGGGGGACUGGGCCGUCGUCUGCAAGACGCGAGACGACAAGCUGGAGAACGUCUCGGCCUGGGAUGCCAUGCUCCGUUCCACGGCCACCGUCUUCGAGCUGCAGUCCCCAGACACGCAGAAGUUCGUCAAGCUCACCCAGCGGCAGGGCACGCUUAGGUUCAACCCGGACCUGACGGACGACCGCACGCAGCUCCGCGUGCGCGAGUCGUACGAGUACGACCAGGCCGUGGACGACAAGAGGAUGAACGCGCUGUUCCUCUCGCAGACGCCGACGUCGGUCGAGCGCGUCGUCAUCUGGGUCAAGCGCGUCGGCGUGCUCACUGACUCGCUGUACCAGGUUAUGUGGCUCGACGAAAACGACCAACUAAAGGCCUUCUACCUCAACAACGGCCAGCUCGACGUCAACGACUACGACGACGACGAGGAUGCUGGCGCGGAGCCUGCGUCGUUUCGCUUCUCGCCCAUCGAGCCGCAGUUUGCGCAGAUGGUGGCCAUGAAUUUUGCCAACCUGACCCUCUCCGAUACAACCGUCUCUUCCGCGGGCACCAUUGUCGACCUCGACGGCCUGGAUGACGAUGAUGAUAACGACGACGACGGUAAUGGCGGUGGUAUCGGCGGUAUUGCCAGUGGUGCUCAGGGCACUGUUGCCCGCCAGGCUGAGAGUGGCAACAUGCUCUACAGCAACAUGGCCGUGUCCAACAUGGCGGCAUCUUCAUCCGCAGCGGCGGCUACAAACACGGACGUAGCCCCCCGGAGCACCUUUGACGACUUCUUCGCGGCCGCGCGGCUUAAGAAGGAGGACAUGGUGACCACGCGGGACAUCCUCAAGGGCAUGGUCAGCGGCAACGACCUCGGCAGACUUAAGUUCGCCUCGGCCGGUGUUGAGAAGGCUGUCCUUGACUACACCGUCGACUACGAUGACCUUAAGAACACCUGGAUACAGUACACCGAUGACCAGCUCGCCAUCACGACUGACUCGGCCAAGCUGCAGCUCAAGCUGCCCGAGGGCGCCGCGCUGAGUCUCUCCGGCGGCGAGCCGGCGCCCGUCGUGGACGCAUCCGUCGUGCUCGAGGCCCGCGUGGACCAGACACUGCGCGUGGGCAUGGUCGUCACGACGCAGGAGUCGAGCGAGGACCUCGACUCUACCAACCGGCUCGUCAUGUACAAGGUGCUGCACAACGCCACGGGGCCGGAGCUGCUCGCGCGCGCACUCACGGCCAUGGGCUGGUCCGAGGCGGACCUCACGCAGGCCACCAUGGUGCAGACCCUCGGCGCCGUGCUGGGGAGCCACGAGACGGCCAUCGAGAUGGUGUACGACAGGAUCCCGACGAGACUGGUGAUGCUCAGGGGGCUGGUCGAUCUCAAGCCGGACUGGUACCUGUCGCCCGGUAAGGCAGAGUAUACGCCCACGGGGCAGGUGUACAUCCGCAACACGCGCAUCAUCUGCGACCUCAACAGCGUGGCCGAUAAGGCACUCUUCGACGAGGGGCUCACGCUGAGCGGGUUCCAGAUCAAGAUUAAGACGCUCACUAUUGAAGUGGCAGACGCGAGGAUGUCCACAGAGCGGGUCACCCUCCUCGCUGACGUCUCCUUCUGCUUCCCGGCUCUCGACGCCGUCGCCGUAGACCUCCAGAUGGCCAUCAGCCUCUCCUCCACCUCGCACACCAAGGAAGCCUGCUUUCUCCUUAGCGAGGGCUCCUCCCUAGACAAGCUUCUCGGCGCCCUCGGCAAGAAUGAAGGCAUCGCGGCCCUCGACGGCGUCAAGCUGCCCUCAUUCAGCACGACUGAGGACGACGACGACACGCCCGCGCACGCCGUUGACAGCCUGAACCUCGCGCCGGGCUCUAUAGGCUUCGUCCUCAGCCAGUACGGCCGCCUUGAGACUGACGUCGUCCUCGACCGUAUCUUCUUCACCGCCGAGCUCGAGAGCUGGAUCGACGUCCUACCGCUCGGCUUCAAGCCCACGACGUUCCAGGACCCGCAGAUCAGCGUCAACAUCGCGAGCCCCUUUGAUCAGGACCAACGGCGCGUGCGUGUGGACGUCGACUUUGGGCUCGAGCUGACAUCGAGCAAAGACAGCAAGAGGUACACCGUAGGCACGAGGCUGUCUGCUAUCCCGCUCGUGCGCAAGGGCGACUACGAGUACCGCCUGGACCUCUGGCUUGGCGGCUCGCGGGGCCUGUCACUCGCCGAGAUUGCGGACACUGUCGGCCUGGGAGACAUCACCAAGUCUAUAGGCGAGUCUGUGCCCUUUAUCGACUCGGCCCUGAGCGGCGUCUACGUGAAGCACGUCUCGGGCGGCCUCGUCCACGAGGAGGGCAAGUGGCGCUUCGGCGACUGGAGCGCAGGCGUCUGGCUUCCCAAGUUCGAGCUCGUCCCCGGCGCCGUCUCCCUAGUCGAUGUCGAGAUCCUUAUCACCAACUACGACGAGAUCCAGGUUGAGGCCUACGGCGCCGUCUACCUGCCGAGCCCGCUAACGACCAUCUACGUCGACGUCAAGACGCCUACCGUCACGAGCCAGGGCGAGCUCUGGCUCACCGUCGACGAGACACGCGCCGGCGCCGUGACGCUGCAGAACAUCCUCACCGGCCUGCAUCUCGGCACAUAUGACGACCUCCCCAUCGUCGGGCAGGUCCUCCUCACGGAGCUCCAGUCACUCUACGCCGUCACGAGCCCCAGCGUCGCUGGCAAACCCCUAACGCUCGACGCGUUCUUCGUCAAGCUGUACCACCCCAAGAUUACUGUCGGCGGGCUCGAGUUCAAUGGCGUCGAGUUUAUGUUCGACGUGCGCUGGGUCGUCGGCGAGGACGGCAAGAGGGUCGGCCAGAAGCAGAUCAGCCUGAGCGCGUACAUGCUCGGGGACGGGGACCUGCAGGCGAGUAUCGUAUACGACAGCGUCAAGAACACGCUCGUCGCAGCUCUGCUGCCGGUGAGGCCCGUGACCAUCGGCCAGAUGCUAAGCGCCUGUCUGCCCGCGGCGUUUCCCGGUCUAAGCAUAAUCAAGCCAGUCGUAGACACGCUGCAACUCAAGGGCUCGUCCAUUGGCUUCAAGACGAAGGACGGCCUGGACAUCAUGCACUUUGACUUUCACAUCGCUGACGAGUCCGUCGUCGAGGUCCAACGUAUUGUCCUCAGGGAGGUCAUGGUUGUCUAUGACGCCGAGGGAAGCCCGGCUCUGACUGACGGUCAGGAUGGCAGUGGCAGUGACGGUGACAGUUCGGACGUGGUCAAGAGCAGACUCGACAUCGUGGCCGUCCUCGCCAAAGAGUCGGCCGGCGCCGUCGCCCUCAAGACAAAGAUUAUCAUCCGCUCCGUCACGACCACCGAUGACAAGACGCUCUCCUUUGGCAUCUACCCCGUCGAGGCCAACUCGCUCACCCUCGGCGGGCUCCUGAGCCUCUUCAACUGGACCGAUGCCGACGUCGACUUUGUCCGCCCGGAAAAGUUCCCCCGCGCCUUCAACGUGGUCAUCGACGCCGUGGAGGGCGAGCUUACACACCCCGAGACGACGGAGCCCGAGACCAAGAAGAGCCUGGCAUUAAAGACCUUCCACGUCGCGGCGCAUACGCAAGGGAGCAUCGACCUCGUCACGAGCCCGGAUAUUGAUAUCCUCGACGUUGUCUUAGACCUCACCUACUCUGCUGAUGCUGCCGACGAGGCUACCAAAAAGACCGGCCUCAGCGCCGUCCUCUACGGUAAGUUUAAGAUUGGUGAUAUUCUGCUUGAGCUCGCCUACCUCCGCCAGACGAUCGGCAAGGACAAGACCGAGGACGUCUUCUACGCCCAGGCCGGCCUCGCCGACGUCCUCUCCAAGCCGUACAACAAGGCCGUCAAGGACUCCAAGCCCGACGACGUCAACAUGGACGUCCUUGCCGACUCGUCCUCCUUUGGCAAGGAGCUCCUCAACCUUCCCCCCGACCUCAAGCUCUCCAAGACCAUGGUCAAGCCCAACACGCUCGGCGCGCGCAUCCGCCUCCAGCCGACGACCAAGAUCGAGGUCUGGGCCUCGGGCGACGAGCUCUGGCACGGCGACGUCUGCGGUGUCGACGUGGACCUGCAGAAGAUCGGCGCGCUCUUCAAGUACACCGAGGGCGCGUUCCAGGCAGGCCAGCAGACGCGCUUCGAUUCGGUGUACGAGGCGUACCUGCGCGGCCACUUCGCCUUCAAGGGCUACUCGGCCGACGCGGAGCUUUCCAUCGGGCCCAAGGGCAACGCGCGCGUCACGGCGCUCCUGCGCAAAGACGGCAGCGGCGUUGGGGACAUUGCCGUUUUCGAGCAGGUGACGGACGACGUGGCCGCCGCCGAGGGCACGUGGAAGAAGUCGGUGCCGGACUUCCAGGAGUCGCUGAGCUUUACGGAGGAGUCGCAGCUCUUCUUCUCUGCCGACUUUAAUACCAGGCAGAUCCUCUUCACGGCCGUGAUCCAAGACUACGGCGGCGCCCUGCUGCUCGGCAAGGAGAUCGUCACGGAUGCCACGGCUGACCCGCCAAAGAAGGAGCGCAAGUACAUCUUCUUCCUCGAGGCGACGGACCUCGGCCGUCUCUGGUCCGAGACUAAGGAGGAGGCGGCCGACCAGUUCAAUAUCUCGCGCCUCUCCGUGCAGGUCAUUGGCUACGAUACGACGCUCAAGGAGCUCAGGGAGGACGUCUCGGGUGUUAUCAAGUCCGAGGAGGAACUGGACGAGCCCGACGAUGACCGGCUAGACCCCCUGAAGGCGGCGCCAGCGAGGACGGCCCUUAAACUCUUCGAGGGCGUCGAUGAGAACACGGAGAUGAAGCAGGGAACGUGGUUCGUUGCCGAUAUUGACAUCAGACAGUCUGAUAAGCGAGAAAUGACGAGUGUCAUUGCCCUCGACGCCUCGAACGCUGUCACAGACGUCGAUAAGGCUCCCACCAUCAGACUCUACGCGCAUGUCGUGCCCGCGGCCUUGCAAGCGGACGACCACCAAACAACGUAUGGCAUUAACAUCCGCAACCUACAGAUCUUCGACGGUGUCGUCACCAUCAACGGCGCGGGCGUGUACCUCCCGGCCAAGAAGGAGCUCCUCCUCGACGCCGACCUCAAGCUCCUCCUCUCGGACAAGGAGCCCAAGCAGGAGCUCAACUUCCAGGUCGAGCUCGCCAUGACCGAGACGGUCACCUCGUACGCCGUCGCCGCGGGCAAGACCUCCAGCGAGAGCGUGCAGAACCCCUUUGGCGGCAUGUUCAACGUCAGGCUUGAGAAGCUCGGGAUCCGCGGCUCCUCGACGCGCGCUUCCGCCGGUGGCGCCGUGCAGAGGGAGUGCACAAUCUACGGCUCCGUCCUCAUCGGCAGCGACACCUCCCAGGCCCGGAUCCUCGGUCUCAUCCACUUCGAGCAGGGCAAGCCCGUCGUCGGCGUUGUCGAGUUCACCCGCAAGGUCCUCGACGCACUCCCCACAGGUGAUGAGCUCGUGGCGACAGAGAAGCAGUCGGGCAACGUCAAGAUGACGGAGAUCUACGGGGACCUCAUCACGCCGAGCCCCGCGGCGGACGAGCAGCCGGGCUCCUGGCCGGAGGACUGGGACGACUUUGAGAUUGAGGAGGCGUACAUGAGCUACAACCGGACCGACGCGCCCGUCGCCGUCGGGGAUAGGAAGUACCCGCCCGGGUUCUACCUGUACGGUCUCUUCAGGGUGUUUGAGCGGCCCAUCUCCGUCUUGAUGCAGAUCAUGCCUAAGCGCAAGGGUCUCGUCCUCAGCGGCUCGUACACGGACGAGCUCGACCUCAGCCUCAUCAAGCUAACCUCGUACCCAGAUAAGAACAUUAACGGUCUGACACUCAGCCUCGACACCACGGAUGGAACCAAGUACAGCGUCGAGAGCGGCAUCCAGCUCCUCGAAUUCAAUAAGAUCUACUUUAAGCUCGACUAUAAGUCGGCUGCCUCUAAGACGGACCGUAAGCUUGAGGGCACGGCCGAGUACGACGGCACCAUCCUUAGCUACCCGAACCCGACUAUCAACUUCUGGUACGCCGACGGCCGCUGGGGCUUCACCGGCUGGAAGAUCCGACGCACGGCCUACUGGGACUCUGGCAAGAUGGACGCCGCGCCGCCCAGUAUUGGCGACCAGCUCGACAACGUCGCGCUCGACAUUGACAAGGCCAUCCGCAAGGCCAGCGAGAGCGACGGGAAGUGCGGUGCCCUCGUCGACUUCGCCAUCAACGAGCUUGUCACGAUGCAGUUCGAGUUCACGCUCGGCAUGCCGGCCAUGCGGCAGAAGGACAUGGACGAGCGCAAGGAGAACGCGGAGCAACCGGGCACCAAGGGCUUCCGCUUCACCGUUGACUGGCUCUACUCAAUUAAGAUCAAGGGGACGGAUAUCGGUACCAACAUCGAGCUCACGCAGUUUGAGUUUGUGCUCCCCUUUGACGGGUUCGAGCCCACGUCCACCGGCCUCCUCAAGUACCUCUGGGAGAAGGUGCUCAGCGAGGAGAACCUCGAGGAGAUUGGCCGCAAGAUGCUCGAACCCAAGACGCUCGGCAAGCUCGUUGGCGUCCUCGCCAUCGACGAGCUGGCGCCUGAGAUUGUCAAGAAGCUCAUCUGCCGCGAACCCGAGGGCGACGACACCAAGAAGCUCAGGGACAGGGGCAAGAAGGACCACGAGGAGGAGACCGACAAGAAGAAGGACGACGCCAAGAAGGGUGGUGAUGAUAUGGACGACGUUAAGGAUAACGCUGAUGGUGAAAACGACGGUGGUGGAGAUGGAGGUGGAGGUGGAGGAGGCGGCGGUGGCGGAGGAGGAGGAGGAGGAGGAGGAGGCGGAGGAGGAGGCGGAGGCGGAGGAGGCGGCGGCGAUUUCCCAUCGAUUCCAAUCCCUCCCGUCCCGGUCCCUCCUUUCCCUCCUCCCAUCACUAUCCCUGUUCCUCCCCUGCCGCCCCUCCCCAUCCCUCCCAUUCCUCCCAUCCCGAUCCCGCCCAUCCCCGGCAUGCCACUCCCCGACCCUCCUAAGCCGCUCCCCUUCCCCGUCCCGGAGAACCCGCCACCGGACACCACGCCGCCCGACGGCCUGCCGGACGACGAGUGGCCGAAGCCGGACGAGGAUCACCCGCUUGGCCCGCCGUACUACACGGCCGGCCUCCUCGUCCUCAUCAAGAUGUACGUCCAGGCCGCGACCGAGAUCAACGGCAUCAAGCCCGACGACCUCGACAGCGGCCUCGGCGCCGUCCUUAAGAAGUGGAAGCAGUGGGAAGACCUCGACGCGGAAAUUGUCACGCGCUACAACGACGUCCUCUCCAUCAUCGCGGAGGCCGUGGCCAAGGGCAGGUCGGCCAAGAAGGCCAUCGAGGACCGCAUGAACCUCCAAAAUGACUACGACCUCUUGGCCAAGUUCAAGGCCCCCGACGAGGCGUCCAUCACUGUAGACGUAGCCAAUGCCCUGCCGCUGCCCAAGUGGGUGCAUCCGGAGGACUACCAGGGCGUGCAGUGGCAGGUGUACAUGAGCACCGAGGACAAGACGCCCACACCGGACACGGACCUCUCGGGCGGCUACCUCUUCCCAGGUCCCGCGCGGAUCCUCGAGUGCCCUUCCGAGGCGUUCCGGUAUGUUGAGACGGCGUACAUUUGGGUCCGCAUGCGGUGCGUGUACAAGGGCUUCGAGUUCCUGUCCACCGACUGGAAGCCCACGACUGCCCUGCACAAGCCGUGGCUGAAGCCGCCCACUGGAGUCCAGCUCUUCGCGGAUGCCAAUGCCAGGGUUGUCGUCGAGCUCCCGCCCGUGCAGGAGCCCGCCAGCGACUGGGACCUGUCACUCGUGACAAAGGAUGGUAAGGACGUUUUGUACGACGCCCCGGCGGCCGUCUCGAUACCCCACGACGGGCCGGGCAAGUUUGUCAUCGACGUGAUGGACCUGGGGCUCGACCGGGCCUUCAGCAAGCCCGUCGUGGCUCGCGUGAAGCAGCGACCCUGGUCGACGGACCUGCAUCACGAGAGUCUGACGGCCGACUCGGUCCAGGAGCUGCCCGUCCUCACGGCGCCCACCAACCUGGUCGCCUCGAUGCUUCACAAGGACAUCGUCCUCGUCUGGGACGCCGGCGUCGGCCUCACCGCGACGGACUACACCGUCAAGCUGCUCCGCAAGGAGACGGGCCGUCCGGUCAACUACAGGGUCACGUCUGACAUGACGCUCAAGGAGGGCAAGAUCAACACCAUGAUGGCCCUCACCGAGCUCGAGGAGGGCCAGCAGAUCGAGGCCCUCGUCAGCGCCAAGUCCGCCGGUGCCCUCUGCCUCUGGUCCAGGACAGCGAUCACGGUCGACUUCCCACUGGAGGUGUACAUCGACUCCAGCUCCAGCUUCGACCUUGCCUCGGGCAUCGUCAGUCUGAGCGUCCGCGCCAGCAUGCCCCUGACUCAGUCCUCCACCUUCCAGCUCCGCAAGACCCGCCUCGGCGCCGACGGCUCCUCCACCACGGAGCCUAUCGCGCCGCGCUCCGUCAACAUGGACCACGCCGUCCUGCGCUUCGAGCUUGCGCCUGCAGACUACGGCAGUACCCUCCGCGUCCUGGUCAACGCCGCCGGAGCCGACAGUGACGAUCCGCGAACCCAGGCCGAGUCGGACGACUACGACCUGCCGGACCACACCCUCGUCGCGGACGUGUGGGCCUGGAGCCUCGGGGACGUCAAGGCGGAGAUCACGGCCGUCGAGGGAGUCGGCGCGGCGCUCGAGGUGACGUGGACAGGGUCGCACCCGCAGGUGCAGGUGCAGGCCACGGUGCUGUGCGAGACGGUGCCGUUCCAGGCCGUGGCGGGGGCGGAGAUGAGCGAGGCGGGCCGGUGCGAGAUUGAGAUUGAACCGGCUCAGCUGCCGCCUUCGGGGACAGAGAUGGUCGUCUACCUGCGUGGCAGGAUCCCAUCGUCGGGAACGUUGCUGGAGGUUGCUGCGAACUGCCAGAAGAUUGAGCAUGUCAAGGUUCCCUAG